UGUGGCAGCUGGGAAUGUGAGGGCUUCAACGCGGACCGCUAUUUCCAGAACUGGGAACCGUAGCGGUGCUGGCCAGGAACAGACUCUGCCCGUGGCUCUCACAUAGACUGCACACUUUGAAAUCCAAGAGGGCGACCUGCGAUUUGUGUCCCGGGGUGCGUGGUCUCUGACUGCAUCAGAUGGUCAACGGGCAGCCGGUGGAGGCUCACUGCGGGGCUGCAUGCUAGAGGGGAACCAGCCGGAGCAUCGCGUUUGUCCCCCCCACCUUCCCUCCCCCCGGUCGCUUUCACCGGACCUCCCUCCUGGGUAAAAACGCAUUGAAGUGUCACUCGUUCAGUUGGUGUAAUCUGCGUGCGUGUCCCGGUGCGUAACGCCCGGUUAAAUGUUGUACCGCCACCAAACUCACACCGACGGCGAUGGACUGAAAUCUGCGGCGGGGGCGAGCGACACACAACCUGCCGCGAUUUCCUGCAUGUAAAUAAAUGAUAGAGGAUACGAUGACCCUGCUGUCUCUUUUAGGUCGGAUCAUGCGUUAUUUUCUGCUCAGACCGGAGACCUUGUUUCUGCUGUGCAUCAGCCUGGCUCUGUGGAGUUACUUCUUCCACACGGACGAAGUGAAUACCAUCGUAAAGUCCAGCCGGGAUGCGGUCAAGAUGGUCAAGGGGAAAGUGGCGGAGAUGAUGCAGAACGAGCGGUUCGGCGGGCUGGACGUCCUGGACGCGGAGUUCUCCAAGACCUGGGAGUUCAAGAGCAACAGCGUGGCCGUGUACUCCAUCCAAGGCCGGCGAGACCACAUGGAGGACCGAUUUGAGGUGCUCACCGACCUCGUCAACAAGAGUCACCCCUCUAUAUUUGGGAUUUUCGAUGGCCACGGAGGAGAUGCUGCUGCUGACUUUGUUAAAGCCAACCUGCCGGAGGCGCUCCGCCAGCAGCUACUGACCUACGAACGGGAGAAAGAGCGAGACAGAGAAAAAGACAAGGAGAAAGAUGAAAAAAAGGAGAGGGGGGGCCUGUCCUACCCUUCCAUCCUGGAGCAGCAGAUUUUGACUUUGGACAGAGAAAUGCUGGGCAAGCUCUCUGCCACUUAUAAUGAAGCAGGUACUACGUGUCUGGUGGCCCUGCUGUCUGAUAAGGAAUUGACGGUGGCCAACGUUGGAGACUCACGUGGAGUUCUUUGUGAUAAAGACGGCAACGCUGUUCCUCUUUCGCACGACCACAAACCUUACCAGCUCAAAGAACGCAAGAGGAUCAAGAAAGCUGGUGGGUUCAUCAGCUUCAACGGCUCGUGGCGUGUCCAGGGCAUCUUGGCUAUGUCCCGUUCUCUGGGCGAUUACUCCUUGAAGAACCUCAAUGUGGUCAUUCCUGAUCCUGACAUCAUGUCGUUUGACCUGAACAAGCUGCAGCCAGAGUUCAUGAUCCUGGCGUCGGACGGCCUGUGGGACACCUUCAGCGACGAGGAGGCGAUUCGCUUCAUCAGGGAACGACUGAGCGAGCCACAUUUUGGUGCUAAGAGUAUAGUCCUUCAGUCCUAUUAUCGGGGUUGCCUUGACAACAUCACCGUCAUGGUGGUCAAGUUUAAAGGCAAAGCCAGCGAACAGUAGUCCACCUGUCUACCACACACAGUAUCUAUAUUAUGUUUGAAUAUAAGUAAGAAUAAAAUAAACUUGAUGAAAGAUUCAAAAACUGAGCGACAGCUAUUUUUGAUCACAUUUACCCUUCAGUGCAUCAAACCACCCCUCCUUUACUUUUACUGCUUAAAGAAAAUGGAGUUUCCCCUCCACAUUAUUUUGAAAUGGGAUGUCUUUCACUCAAAAUCUUUUACAUUUUUUAUUUUCUGUUUCCUGACUGUUUCCACAUCAUUUAAUUGUAAAUUGACGUUUACUGAGUGACCGCACUGAACAGGUUAUUUAUUUUCUGCAACAGAUGCACAUCAUGGUGCAAUAAUGAAUUUAUUCCCUUUAUACAUAAGCAACACUAAUAAUAAUAUGCAUUUGCUUGUUCAAAUAUCACCAUUCAUACUGUACACCAAUAAAACCAAUGGUUAUAUCACACUUGCUGAACAUUGAAACUCAUGAAAUAUGGAUGAAUUUAGUGUUUUUGUCUGGAGUUGCCCAAUUUUACAAGUUUAAAUCUUGAAUGUCUUUGCCUACUUUAAAUGAUUGCUGUUAGCUUCUGUGCGGAUAAAGUAUCUUUCUGUUUGUAUUGUUGCUAAAGUUAAAGAUUUGUUAAAGCUUAGACUCUUGUGAGAUCCCAAACCUUAUCAGAAUCCAUGUAACUACUGAUAAUAACUGUUGGAAAAUGCAGCAUAGCUUACAACUUUUUUUAAAGCAAUAUAUUGUGGUGAUAAUGUUGUAACACCUCAAUGUGACUCUUAACUGAUAAUUAUUAAAUAAUGUUUGUCACAUGCCUUCUGAUAAUAUAAUAACUGACUGUUAAUUUAAACUUGUAAGAAGAAAGUAAUAAUUGGCAGUUAUACAUUUCAUAUUAUUUAGGAAUUAAGAUCACCGUGUAAGAUUUAGAAACCUUUUAAUAGGCUUCUUUUUACACAUAGCCUUGCUAUUCCUUCAUCUGAUUUGCCUUACAUUAUCAUUGACUACAAUCUACACAGUAUUUAAAUGUACUGGAAUUGAUAACUUAAUGUGACCAUGUCAUCUUCAGACUGAUGCAUAUCACAUUUCCCUGACCUGUAACUCAAAAUGUAACAAGGAAUGAAAUGCGUUCUUUUGCCUUAUUUUCUUAACUAAUAAUUACCUGUCUGCUGCAAAACUGCUUCUCGGUUUUUAAAGUAACGCAGUCGAUCAUGCCAUGCACACUGCACGACCUCGGUGUCAGACCUUGUUAACUCACAUGUUCAAUAGCAUUGGAGAAAGAAAUGUCUCCAAGAGACAUGAAAUUGUAAGAUGAAUGUACAUACCGUCCUCGUGUUAUUAUCACCCAGCAACUGUUUACACAGCAAUGAGGAAAGCAAUGCGCCUGUUCCUGGAUUGUUUAACUUCAGAGAUAUAUAUCAAAUUAAAAAAUGUUUGUGCUUUUUAAGUUCACAUUCUCCCUUGAUAAUGUACCUUACAGAAUGUAUGUGUGGCAUUUGUACUUGUUUUUGUUGAUUUUAAUAAAGUGUAAAACAAAUCUAAAAUUUUUUAAAGAUUGGAAAUUAAAUAAUGUAAAUCAAAAAAGUCAUAUUAAAAUGAUAAAUGAUCGUU